AUGAAUAAUGAUAAUAUUGUUGAGGAUUUAGAUCUUGAAGUAAUGAUGGAAAAUCUACCCUCUGGUUCUGAAAUGAGUGAUCAAGAAGAUUAUGAAAGUAAUUCAUCAUUAUCAAGCGAGGAAGAUUCCGAUUCUGAUUCCAAUUCUAAUGAGAUUCUUUCGCCUAAAUCAACUAACAUAGAUGAACAUUCUGAUCGAGAAGAUGCUUUAAUGACCGAAAAUCCUCAAGAUCAUGCAAAGCAGGAUGAAGAGAUCGACUCUGACGAGGAAUUCAUGACGGAAAUAAUAAUAAAAAAAAACCCGAUAAAAGACAAUAAAAACAAGGACAUCUCGAACGUGGAUCAUGCGCAAAAAGUCUUGGAGAACAAAGUUUUGAUCGAAAAUAAGAACGAAGUAUCCUCAGAAACCACUACCCCAAUUCCCGAAAAUAAGAAUAAACCAAGUUCAGAAGAUAUUGAUAUGGAAGAAGCACCAGAAAUUACUACUCCAACUCUUGAAAAUAUGGACGGAACUAAUUUGACCAAUGCCAGCAAAUCAGAAACACAAUCAGCCGAAGCAUUAUCUGAGGAUAAACACAAAGAUACUUUAAAAGACGUAGAAAUUACUGAAGCACCCGAAGAAAAUACAGGAAUACCUGUGGUCAACGACCAAUCGAACUCAAAUAAUAUACAGACGAUAGAACCAUCAGCCUCCUUCCAUCCAAUGUCAGAAAAUAUCUUGAGGAAGGAAGAAACAGUUGUAGAAGGAACUGAUGAGACAAGACACCAGCCAGAAAAUAUUGAUAAAUUGCGUGCAGACAAUGAUAGGCAAACACCAAGCACCCUUCCUGAUUUUCCUUUAUCAAUUGGCAAAAUGUACAAAGCCCCAUACAUGGACAAAUUUUACUACACCCAGGAAGCAUAUGAGGCCAUAUCGCUCAAUGCGUCUCCCAAUGAAACUAUACAGAAAAUGAAAGAAACAACCUCUUUUGCCUCAUUCCUUAAUUUAAAAAAACAAUUUGGACAAGAAAAAACAAUCGAGAGAAACGAUAAAGGAACGAGACCUGCACCCGAUACUGUAUCAAAAGAAACUCAUAUUCCUGUUCCAGUACGGCACAAUAUGAACGAAGGUUUAAGAAUGGGUAGCCUCACAUUACCCUCUCAUUCAACUUCUCCCAAAGCUUUACAUAUCGCAGAGAAUUCUAUUAAUAGUACGAAACCAGCAAAACCCGAAUUCUCUUUAGAUGCUCUUUUGGAGUCUAUUACAGACCGACCUGCCGAUCCUAUUCCUCCUAUCGAAAAACCCCCCGUUCUUGCCAUGAAACGCAAGUCAAGACCAGAUAAAAAAUACCCAAAAAAUAACAAACCUGAGCGAAACACUUUAUCUGAUAUCGAAGUAGCUGCCAUGGCUGCCGGCCUAUAA